AUGGAGAAGAUCUACCUGAAGGUGUUCGAACUGACAGGGCUGAAGGAAGACGACACAGGAAAAUAUUACAUAAAAGUAUAUUGGAAGAAUAAAAAGUACAAAACAGCAGUGCAGGAAGAUGGGUACUAUUUUUUCAACGAAGUUUUCCUCAUACCAGUAGAGCAUGUAGCAGAUGACAAAACCCAAGUCUUGUCGAUUGAAGUUUGGCUAAGCUCAUUAUUUAACACAAAAGUUGCUUAUACUUUUUUUACGUUAGAUUUUAUAAAAAAGGAACAAACAGUGAAGCAAAAGGUGAAGCUAAUUGACAUAUUAAAAAGUUGCACGUUGGAGUUAUCCCUAAAUAUAGUGCGAGACCAAAUGGAUGUAACUUUUUUUAACUUUAAAGAAAUAUAUCCUCAUAAGACGGAAAAAGAGAUAAGAGAUGCGAUUUCGAUGCACCGAACUGAAUCGGGAGUUCUUCAAAUGUUCCGAAGUGAAUACGCCAGCAGAAUUAAUUCACGUCCCCAAACGAUUCCACCACAAGGGACACAAUGGGCAGGACAGGCUGCACCUUCUUCCACCAAUCCGUACCUUCAAAGGGAUGACCAUCGAAAGGACAACAUGCAUUCUCCCCCUGGAGCAGAAUCGUAUGUGUAUGCGGCAAACCCGUAUGUACCCAUGACCCCCGCAACCGCUAUGACAAAUAAUCACUACCACUACAACCCAGUAGUUCACCAAAAGGAAUUAACCUCUGCAGGUGGUAAUAUCCCCUUUUCUGUACCCAGCCAGUUGAAUAAUGGGGCCGUUCUAGCCAAUCACUCUACACACCAUGCGGGUGUGGGUAUGAAUAUCAACACAAGCGUUAGUAACCCUGGCGACAAAUAUGGCUUGUGUACCCCCCACAUGGGGCAAAAUUUUUACGCAGGGGGAAACCACACAAAUCACGCUACCUACCAAAGUGGUAUGUACAACGUCGGUGUAGCAUCGCCCUACUCAGACAAAAUUCUACACCGCUCAUCUGGAAAUAAAAAAAAAGCAUUACUGAUAGGAAUAAAUUAUUACGGUUCUAGGGAAGAAUUAAGUGGUUGUACAAACGAUACAGUUCGAAUGAUGAACCUUCUAAUUUCAAAAUAUAAUUUUCACGACUCACCAACAAGCAUGGUUAGAUUAAUUGACAACGAAAGCAACCCUAAUUAUAGGCCUACCAGAAAAAAUAUUCUGUCUGCCCUAACUUGGCUCACGAAGGAUAACCAGCCAGGAGAUGUUUUUUUUUUUCUGUACUCUGGACAUGGGUCGCAACAAAAGGAUUACACAUACUUGGAAGACGAUGGGUAUAAUGAGACCAUCCUUCCUUGUGACCAUAAAACGGAGGGACAAAUUGUUGAUGAUGAGUUGCAUAGGUUCUUGGUUCAACCUCUGAACGAUGGAGUUAAAUUAAUUGCGGUGAUGGACUGCUGCAAUGCGGGUAGUUGUAUUGAUCUGGCUUAUAAGUAUAAACUACAGUCGAACAAAUGGAAGGAGGUGAAAAACCCCUUCCACGUGGUCUGUGAUGUUAGCCAAUUCAGUGGGUGUAAGGAUAUGGAGUUUUCGCGCGAAAUUGAUACAGGCAGACAUGCCCCUGGGGGCGCACUCGUCACGGCCAUGAUACACGUUUUGGGGACAAGCGAGGCGGCACGUGGGGCCAACACACUCACAUACAACCACCUACUGCAAAACGUGAGCAGCUACAUCAGGAGCUAUCACGACCAAAAAAUUGUUUUCAUGGCUUCGCAAAAAUUCGAUUUGGAUCGAGUUUUCGACUUUGAUCACAUCCUCAAAAAUAAAAAUGGCAACUUGGGGCAAAAUGUGAACAAACUCGUGCACAAAAAUAAGAAGACAAAGAAGAACAAGAAGAACAAACACGAUUUCUUCUCCCUCUUCUGA